UCGCGAGAGCUGUACUGUCAUGGCGGCGGCCUGAUAGUGCGGGGCGUCGUGCGAGUCGCUGCGGUUUGUCUUUGCAUCCGGGGACGGCAGAGAGGCGCCAGCCAGCGUGUCCGGGGCGAUGGAGUACGUGACCGAACCGACCAGCCACACCCCCGCACACAUCUUGUGCUGUGAGUGCGGUAUCCCUAUUAGUCCAAAUCCUGCCAAUAUUUGUGUUGCCUGUUUGCGAAGUAAAGUAGACAUCAGCCAAGGCAUUCCAAAACAACUGACUAUUUCUUUCUGCAAACAAUGCCAAAGAUAUUUUCAGCCACCAGGAACGUGGAUACAGUGUGCAUUAGAAUCCAGGGAACUUCUUGCUUUGUGCUUGAAAAAACUCAAAGCCCCUCUGAGUAAGGUCCGACUUGUAGAUGCAGGCUUUGUUUGGACUGAACCCCAUUCAAAGAGACUUAAAGUGAAACUGACUAUUCAGAAAGAGGUGAUGAAUGGUGCUAUCCUGCAGCAAGUAUUUGUGGUGGAUUACGUUGUUCAGCCACAGAUGUGUGGAGAUUGCCAUAGAGUGGAAGCUAAGGAUUUCUGGAAGGCUGUGAUUCAAGUCAGGCAAAAGACUCUGCACAAAAAAACUUUCUACUAUUUGGAACAAUUGAUUUUGAAAUAUGGAAUGCAUCAGAAUACACUGCGUAUCAAAGAGAUUCAUGAUGGUCUGGAUUUCUUUUACUCUUCAAAACAACAUGCUCAGAAGAUGGUAGAAUUUCUUCACUCUUCAGUUCCCUGCAGAUAUAAAGCAUCACAGAGGCUAAUCUCUCAGGAUAUCCGUAGUAACAUAUAUAAUUACAAAAGCACCUUUUCUGUGGAAAUUGUUCCAAUAUGCAAGGAUAAUGUUGUUUGUCUGUCUCCAAAAUUGGCACAUAGCCUGGGAAAUAUGAACCAGAUCUGUGUGUGUAUUCGAGUGACCAGCACCAUCCAUCUCAUAGACCCGAAUACGCUACAAGUUGCAGAUAUUGAUGGGAACACUUUCUGGAGUCACCCUUUCAAUAGUUUAUGUCAUCCCAAACAACUAGAAGAGUUUAUUGUGAUGGAAUGCAGCAUCGUCCGAGAUCUAAAGCGCAGUGCAGGUGCUGGAAUGAUAUCAAAAAAGCAUACCCUUGGGGAAGUCUGGGUACAAAAAACUUCAGAGAUGGAUACAGAUAAACAGUAUUUUUGUCGCACUCAUUUGGGACAUCUACUAAAUCCUGGUGACCUGGUUUUAGGGUUUGACUUGGCCAACUCUAACUUAAAUGAUGAAUAUGUCAACAAAAUGAAUGCAGAUAGAGUCCCAGAUGUGGUGUUAAUCAAAAAGAGCUAUGACCGCACCAAACGACAACGUCGUAGAAACUGGAAACUUAAAGAACUUGAAAGAGAUAGAGAAAACAUGGAUACAGAUGAUGAAAGGCACUACCAAGAUUUUCUUGAAGAUCUUGAAGAAGAUGAGGCAAUUAGAAAAAAUGUCAACAUUUACAGAGAUGCAACAAUUCCUGUGGAGAGUGACACUGAUGAUGAAGGAGCACCUCGAAUUAGUCUGACAGAGAUGCUUGAAGACCUUCACAUUUCCCAAGAUGCUACUGGUGAAGAAGGUGCAUCAAUGAUGACUCAGUGAGAUACCCAUGGUGUCCACAUCUGUGAGGUUAGGAUGUGUACAGUUUGCUCUCAGAUCCAUCUCUGCCUUCAUAUGAAAGAGAAAGUUAACUUUUAACAAAUAUGACCUGAUGUGUUCAUUCAAAACACUGCAAAAUGUUGAUUGAUGCCUUUGAAGUUUUUGAUAACAAAAGAUUAUGAAGAAUGUAGCUAUUGCAGAUAUUUUUGACCAUUUAACAGUGGAGUGGUGUCCAUUUGCUGCUGCUGCUUUUGUUAUAUGUGUUUGGUGUCUGCUCAGGGGUUGUUUCUAGCAGUACUGGGAGCAAUUUGGUACCAGACAUUAAACCCACAUGCAAUGAAUACAUUCACUUAGAGCUCUCUCCUGUCUUCAUUUUGUUCUUUAUUAUACUACGAUUUCACCUACCAUAGCAUUGGAUUUGAAGUUCAGCAGUCUGGGCCAGGGAGAUAGAUGGAAGGACCAGAGUGCUUGCUUUGUGUGCAGGAACACAUCUGCAUGGUCCCAUGGCACUUCCAAGAGCUGCUCCCAUGCAUCCAGAGCCUGGAGUAGCCCCUGAGCACCAAAUAUUCUGGAAUGCUUUUAGAGGUCACCUAAAUUUUCAAACAUAAAACAAGCUUUAUGUUUUUUUCACAUCAGUUGCUUUCGUAAAAGAGCAUAUGAAGAAUCAUUUUUAAUAUAACGUGUUAUGUACUUUUUGAUGCCCUUUUAGAUCAUUUUUUAUGUUUUUAGGAUAGGAUGUUGGGAUGGGUUAUUUAUCACUGUACAUACAGCAGAAAAGCUAAUGUUCUAUUCGUAAUGUUAACAUCUUCAAAAAACAUUAAACUAAGGGUAUUCUGAUUUUUUUUUCCCAGAAGAAAAUGUAUUUCUGUUGAACUAGGGGUAUUCUGAUUUCUCAUGAAGAAGAAACUAUAUUUAAAAUAUUUGUUGAUUUUUAGGGGCCGGAGCGAUAGCACAGCGGGUAGGGCGUUUGCCUUGCACGCAGCCAACCCGGGUUCGAUCCCCGGCAUCCCAUAUGGUACCCCAAGCACCGCCAGGAGUAACCCCUGAGCAUAGCUGGGUGUGACCCAAAAAGCAAAUAAAUAAAUAAAUAAAAAAUAAAAUAUUUGUUGAUUUUUAGAAAACCUAGAAUAAUUACUAAGAGAUUAAACAGCUUGUUUUUUAGUUUUGCCUGCCCAGCAGAUUAGGAUGUUAGUUGCUUUUGUCAUAAAAUUGUCUUGAGAACUUUUGAGAAUAACUUGAACAAGUUUUCAUUACUCCGAACAUAAAACAAAAAACUUAUUAGAAUCUAAUUUAUAGGUGGCGAGGGAGUAAAAAUUAUCUUUGCUUUAUUAGACAAUAAAUUGGAUUUGAAUAAGAAAUGCUUUCCAUCUUUGAGGUGCUGGAUUUUUUGGUAUCCUAAGAAUGGAGGGUUAAGUACUAUUUCUGUAAGCAAGAUCUUAGUUCUGAAAUGUCAGAAUGAAGAACUAUUUGAUACAUUCUAUGUCUACCACUAAAUAAAUUGAGCAAGUGCUGAAUAGAACAUCUUCCUUUUUUAAGAAGAUUGCACUCCCCAAGUCUGAAGUUAUAAAUAAAGGCCUGAACUUUCUCUGGUA